AUGUCGCUGCAGCUCCGUCAACCGCCCCCGCCCCUGCUGCCGCCGCCGCAGCCCGUCCUGGUGUACCCCAACACCUUCGCGAGGCCGCCGCCGUCCCAACAGCACUCCCACUCGAGCGGGUCUUUCGGGAAGGUGUUCUUGGUCCUCGCGAUUGUCCUCGCCGUGUCCGCCAUCGCCUGCUUCUUCGGCAGGUUCUGCGGCCGCCGGUCGCGCAGCAGCGACCCGUCCGCAAAACAAAACCGCCAGACUCGUCCCGGAGGGCACGAUGUCGAGUUCGGCGUCAACGGAAGGAAUCGAGGCGCUGCUGACCCAACAGCGGGCAACGUCGGGGGAUCCAAAGCAACUGAGGCUGACAAGGAUAAGGCGGGUUUAGGUGGAGGGUAG